AUGCCCCUCACCAAACCCAACCCGGCCCUCUCAAUCCUCACCCACGCCUCGGCCAACAACUACGCCAUCCCCGCAAUGUGCGUCUACAACCUCGAAGGCAUCCUCGCCACCGUCCGCGCCGCCUCCGCAAAGCGCUCCGCCGCAAUGAUCCAGCUCUUCCCCUGGGCCCUGCACUACGCCGACGGCCUGCUCGUGCACGCCGCCGCCGAAGCCGCCCGCGCCGCCGACGUCCCCGUAACGGUAUCCAUGGACCACGCGCAAAGCCCCGAGAUCAUCCGACGCGCCGCGGACAUCGGCGGGUUCGACAGCAUCAUGGUCGACAUGAGCCAUUACGAGAAGAGCGAGAAUCUCCGCCUUACGCGGGAGCUGGUUGCGUAUUGCCACGAGCGCGGGAUCGCGACGGAGGCGGAGCCCGGACGGAUUGAGGGUGGUGAAGACGGGGUUGCGGAUACAGCUGAUCUGGAGGGGAUGCUGACGACGCCUGAGGAGAGCGAGGAGUUUGUGGACACGGGGAUUGAUUGGCUUGCGCCGGCGUUUGGGAAUGUGCAUGGGGAGUAUGGGCCCCGGGGCAUCCAGCUUGAGUAUGACCGGCUCAAGAGCAUCCAUGACAAGGUUGGGGAUCGGGUGCAGCUUGUGCUACAUGGGGCGGAUCCGUUCACGGAGGAGAUCUUCCGCAAGUGCAUUGAGUGUGGGGUUAGCAAGGUGAAUAUCAACAAGGUGCUGAAUAAUGAGUAUGUGAGGGUUCAGCGGGAGAAGGCGGGAAAAGUGCCGCUGACGCAGUUGCUGGAGGAGGCGACGGAUGAGAUGCAGAAGGCUGUGGAGAGAUGUAUGGAUAUGCUGGGUAGUUCGGGGAGGUAUUGA